AUGCUACUCCAUAUCGCCCGCCGCCGUACACCUGCCGUUGCACAGAAAAUCCAUGCUCGUAGCUUUAUACCCACAGCUGCGAUUUCCUCUACUACAGCUUUCAGGACACUCGAGAAUCCAAGUGACGAGUCAAUCCGUGCGCAGAUCUCACAGGCCUCUGUGUCCGAGCUUAAGUCCCAAUUGACAACCCGGAAUCUUCCAACUAGGGGGAACAGGUCGGAACUUAUCGACAGAUUGUCAAAGUCUUUGUCAGGCUCUGCUCCCCCAUUAAGAGCGGCAGUCGUAAAUACGAUUAAACAUACUGAACCCGGGGAAGCCAAACGCCCCGAAGCCGAAAAUGACGCUGGAAAUACCGGCGCUGAGGGAGGUAGAAAUACCGGAGCUAAGGAAGCCAAAACUCCUCGAGCUGGAGAGGCCAAGUACCAACAUAAUCACCCGCGGGAUAUCCCAGAAAUGCCAGAUCCAAGCGUCUUGGACUCCAAGGAGAAAGAAGGCCCGAUCCGCGUACCAUUGGCUCCAGACAACAAAUUUGCGCGCUACCAUCGACACGAGGUUGUCCCCGAGGUUGCUAAACCCCUCAAACUCCAGGUGACAACUGUCCUUCCAGAUGCCUCCGAAGUCCUCGAUGAGCGAACAGGUGACCUCGCCAAGGUGCUUGAGAAAAUCUCCGUGGAAGUCAAGGCCCACCGAGAACAAGUCCAAGGAAUCGACAAUGGGAUAAGAGAGACAAAGGAAAUGGCCAAGGGCAUCGUGGGCAAUAUCGCAGGCGGUAUGCAGGAUAUGACGGGGAAGGAUAGCGAUUCAAUGCUGCGUAUGAUAGGUAGAUUCCCGAUAGACCUAGCAAAGGACAUGAUAGAGGAUAUGAUGUCGGCCGGCAAGCAGUUUGCAGAGGAAGAGAAGAGGGAGAGGGAGAAGAAGCGAGAGAGAGAAGAGAGGGAGGAGGAUACGGGCCCACAGAUUUUGACCAGCCAGGAGAGGACUGUCAUGUAUACGAUUGGCGGGCUAUCGGCUGCAUGGUAUCUCCUUGGGUACUGA